AUGGAGGUCAAAACCGGCCUCAUCCUAGGCUACAACGGGGUCCACCCCUUCUCCAAAGUCAACAUCACCGACCGCGCCUCCGUCCAGGAACUCCUACGGACCCUCCUCGACCCCCUCGAGCCGUUCUUCUCGCCGCUGAAAGCCAGAGUGAAAUGCCCCGGUGCCACAGCCGUCAGGUUCGACCAGACUGCCUCGGAGGUCGAGGGCAUCUGUCGACCGCUCUGGGGCCUGGCGUGUCUCCUGGCCGGAGGGGGCGACUACAAUGGCACCGAGUGGUGGAUCCAGGGAAUCAAGGCGGGGACUGAUCCCGAGAGCCCUGAGUACUGGGGAUAUCCGCGUGACAAUGAUCAGAGAAUGGUGGAGAUGUGCCCCCUCGGCUAUGCGUUGGCCGUGGCGCCUGUUAUCUGGCAGUCGUUGAACGAGAAGGAGAGAGGGAAUGUCGAAAAUUGGCUAGGCAACUCGAUCAACGAGAAGAAUAUGCCCAACACCAAUUGGCUCUGGUUCCGCGUUUUCGCCAACCUCGGACUGAAGAAACAAGGAGGGAAGUUCUCCCAAGAGAGGCUAGAUCGUGACAUCGAACAUCUGAACACCUUCUAUCGCGGAGAUGGGUGGUCGAACGACGGUCCGGAGGGCAUCCAUCAGAUGGACUAUUAUUCGUCGAGUUUUGCUAUUCAAUUCCUGCAGCUACUGUACGCGAAGUUAGCCGGUGAGGACGAGCCAGAGCGUGCUGCAGAGUUCAAGAAGCGCGCUCAGGUGGUCGCUCUUGACCUGAUCCACUACUACGACAAUGAAGGUCGUUCCAUCCCGUUCGGUCGAAGUGUAGGCUACCGUUUCGCCAUGGUCUCUUUCUGGGGUGCCAUGGCGUACGCCGGAGUCGAGCUCCCAGAGCCCCUUACAUGGGGAAUGGUGAAGGGCGUGGUACUACGCCAUCUGCGAUGGUGGCAGACCCAGCCCGACAUAUGGAGUCCAAGCGGAACUCUGACGAUUGGGUAUACGUUCCCGAAUAUGUAUUUGGCCGAGAAUUACAACAGUCCGGGGAGUCCAUACUGGGCAUGUCUGGCAUUCAUCUGCCUCGCUGUGCCCGCAGAUCACCCCUUCUGGACAUCCGAAGAACAGCCCCUGGGAGAUGCCCUCCCAAAGAUAAAGGAAUUAAAACAGCCGGGUCACAUCAUGAGCUAUCUCGGCGGCCACUGCAUGCUCCUCUCAUCAGGCCAAGCCUGCAGCUACCCCAUGAAAGGCACGCACGCCAAAUACGGCUCCUUCGCCUACAGCAGCGCCUACGGCUACAGCGUGCCGCCGGGCCUCUUCACGCUCGAGCAGUACGCGCUCGCCUCGCAGCUCGGGCUCUCGGACGACGGCGGCGAGUUCUGGAAGGCGCGGCGGGUAUCCGAGUACGCGGGCCUCGAGCACCGUCCCCACGAUGAUGACCCCAACGGCAAGGGCAAGGGAAAGAGCACGACGCCCGUGCUCGUCUCGGUCUGGAAGCCAUUCCCCGACGUCACCGUGCGCACGACGCUCGUCCCGCCCGCGGAAGAGACGCCCAACUGGCACCUGCGCGCGCACCGCAUCGACGCCGCGGGCCGCGCCGUCAUGACGGCCGACGGCGCCUUCGCGAUCUCCAACGAGCGCCGCGCCGACGGGCGCUACCUCGACGCGUGGGACGCCACCAAAUGCGAGGGCACGUCCCCGCGCAUCAUCGGCAACUACGACCUCGCGACCCCAGAAGGGUGGGCGGGCGGCCGGCAGGGCGCCUUCGCCGUGUCCAAGGGCGCGGUGGGGAUUCGGGCACUCGAGGACAUAGAGGGAAAGAAGAAGGUGGGCAGGUCGGCGAUGCUGGUCAAUGCGGACCCGAACUCGAAUAUCGUCGAGAGCCGCACCUUGAUCCCGACGCUGCAGCAUACGGUUGGCAAGGGCGAGGUGGUGUGGUAUGUUUCGGCCAUCUAUGCGAAGCCGUCGGGCGAGGGCGUGGCGCCCGAGUCGUACCUGGAUGGCUGGGAGAAGGUGCCCGAGAUCCCGGCGUGGUUGAGGGCUGAGAUGGAGGAGUGA